UGCCUUUAGUAGCAAAAUGUAAUUAUUUGUAUUUUGUUUGAUUUGAUUUGAUUGUAUUUAUUUAUUUUUAUUUGUCAAGUAGUUGAAUAAAUAAUAGUGUUUUAUAGUAAUUGUUUUCUGUAUAAAUAGAGGCUCGUCUGGAUGGAUAUGUUUCAGUCGAAUGUGUUGACUUAAAUUAAAAGCAAUUGGAAACUUUUACCCAGUUAAAGUCGAGUGAAUGAAUGAAUGAGUGAGUGAGUCAUCUCUUGAGUGCAUAACAAAUUGAAAAGAAAAACGGUGUCACAAAAUGAAAUGACUACUAGGAACACUUGGACAGUAACAGCGACAAUAACUAUUUUCGAGUCAAUAAACUAAACUAAUUUAAAACUAAAGACAAACAAUUUUAAAUUGAAUUAAAUCAAGUGUAGUGUAUAAAAUAAAAUUAUUCGGAUUUAAGAAAAAUAACAAUAAAAUUAAAAAAAAAAAUAAAAAAUAUUAAACUAAAUUUGAAAUGUUUUAUAAAUUUAUGAUGAAAAAUGUAAUACUCAUCAUUUUGAUUUCCAUUACAAUUAUACAAAUGGGCAAAUGUUCGAGCGAUGAAGUAAAUGGCGACUAUACAUAUUGGGAAUUGAGUAGUGAAGCGAAAUCUAAUGAACAAGAUUCUUCAAAAUUGCAGCUGUGGUUAACGAUAAGUGCCCAGAGACGUUAUUUAGAAAUAUCGUGGAAAAAUGCUCCUGCUCAUGAAGACGAUCGUAUAAUGUUGACAUCUGAGGAGCCAGUUAGUUUUCAAAAACUAAAAUGGAUACCUACAGAGAAACCGCCCAUGGCUGAAUUUAAAACGCCAGAGCCUAUCACCGAUAUCGAAUUGCAACAAGAGGGCAGCGGUGAGGAUUAUAUGCAAAACCCUGCCACAACUACUACCACCGAGUCACCGUAUAAAGCCAAAGACAUACACUAUUGGAUAGCGAACAAUGGUUCAAAUCCCAUUGUAGCCGCCAUAGUGCCUACUGCACCCUCGUUAUGGUUUACGACGGGUGUUCCGUUCGACUAUAACCUUUCGAGAAAUGUCACCUAUGAGACCUCAUCGUAUGGUUAUUGGGCCUCAUAUGUAAGCGGCAGUGAUGGUUCAAUAUUGGCCGCUACCAGUUUACGCGCUUAUCCCAAAUGGAUGAAUGAAAUGCGUUCGAUAGUGGGUGGUUUACGUUUCCGUGAUCUCUUUAUACCCGGUAGUCAUGACUCGGGUUCAUAUCGUAUAAAUUUCGAUCCUUUGGCCAAAGAAACUUUAAUUACCAAAUACUCUCUGACACAAGAUGACGAUAUAUUGGGCCAAUUGAUGCAUGGCAUACGUUAUUUGGAUAUACGUGUGGGUUACUAUCGCAAUACACCCGAAAUGUUUUUCAUAAAUCAUGGCAUAACGAGACAGAGGCCCCUAAUCGAUGUGAUCGAUGAAGUAAAGGAGUUCGUGGAGAAAACCAAUGAAAUUGUCAUAUUUGGUUUAAAAGAAUUUCCAAUUGGUUUCGGCAAAAAUCUAACGGUUCACCAUAAACUGGUUAGUUUUCUGAAAAAUCAUUUUGGAGACUUAAUAGUGCAUCCCUCGAUCACUUGGCGGGGAUCAUUAAAUGAUAUUUGGCUGCGUAAACAAAAUGUUAUACUGGCGUACGAUCUAUAUUCCGUUGUUAAUAUAUAUCCACAUUUACUAUUUGGCUCCGUCGAACAGAGAUGGGGUAAUGUACAGACAUGGCCGAAUUUGGAGCGUUACUUAAGGACCAUAAAUGGUCAAGACAUAUCUCGACUUUCAAGCCGUCCUGUAGCCGAUAUGGCUGAACUGACACCCAAAACCUGGGAUGUUAUAGUCAAUAAAUAUGGUGGUUUACGUAAAAUGGCCGAUCGGGUUAAUUGGCGGGUCUCGCAAUUGUACAUGAAUGAAUUGGGCAAUAACGCCAACAUAGUAGCGGUUGAUUUUUAUCGUGGUACCACGAUAGUGGAAACAGCUUUAGAUUAUAAUAGAAGAAAAGUUAUAUUUUAGGUUAGAGAAUAGCAAUUAAUGCAUUUAUGAAUGAGUAUAUACCACAUAAUUGUUUCAAAUACUAUAUUUUAUAUUAUUUUAAUUAUAAAUGUAAAUAUGUAUGUACCUAUAAUUUAAACGCACUACUUUACAAAUAUUAAAUUUAUGCUGAAUCCUCCUCUAAUAAAUUUUAUAACAACUUUAUAGCAAUGGUGCUAUUAACUCGAAA